AUGGCGUACAGCCGCUGGCAAGACAAGCUCGGUGAGGUUUGCCGUGAGUGCAAAGUUGAUCCGCCGUUCUUCCAGAUUGUCUCAGACAGGCGAGGCGGCAGAACCGCCUGGUCCUCGACCGUCACUGCCUUCGGCAAAGUCCACUCCGCCCGCUUCUGGUACGAUGGCAAGUACGUCGACAACGCCCGCGAGGAUGCCGCCGAAGUUGCCCUGAACUGGCUGGCCAGCGAGGCCGGCGGGUACGCUCCCGGUGCGACAAUGGGCGCCGCCGUUCCCAUCAACGCUCUUCCAAUUACCCCUGGCAUGGGUGUUACUGCUGCCGGCGGCUCUCUCGGUGGUAGUCCGGUUUGGGGUGCUGCCACCGCCGCUGCUGGUCAGUAUGGCGCUCCGUCUCCCAGGCCAAUCGCUCCUCCGAUGCAUCGGUACAACCAGUCCGGCACGUACAGCCCUACGCCGAGUGCGGCUGGCUCUCCGCCUGCUUCGAUGUCGCCCGCGUCAAUGUCGCCUACCACUCCAAGCUCCACGGGGAGGGGUUCCUACUUUUAUUAA